AUGUCAACCGAACGGCUCGAAAAGUCGAUCCCUCGCAUGGAGUUAUUCAAAGAAGCCAUGCGUAACGAGUUAUUUCAUACUGCAUUCAUCGCUGGUAGCUGUGGUGUCGCUGCCGUGCUGAGUUCUGUUGGCGUGAACUUGGGGCUCGUUCUGGGGCCUGGGGGCUGGAUUGGGGUGAAUUGGUUGAUCAUAUCUUUCCUGGUCAUCCACAGUUUCGGAAGAGUUGUACGGCGGCACGAGCGAGAAGCCCUCCUGCAACACCCUUCCGCAUGGGAUCCCAUGUACCGUGCAGAGCAGGCGUUCUUUCCAUCCUCGCGUGAGAGACCUUCGGAUACAUGGAGACACUGGUCGACCGACAACGGCCCUCAUCGCCGGAUCACCCACGCCGACGAAGACGACAUCACCACUCACUCAUGUAACAAGUCUCCCAUGGAGGAUGGGAGUACUGGCCGCAACGACGGGGAAGUCCUCAGCUUGGACGGGCCAUCCUGGAGAUCAUCAUCAUCGUCAUCAUCCUCCCUCACAACAACGGAGUCUAUCACUGCAGCCACCACGCCUACAAUGUUAUCAUUCGUGAAUACCCUGCCUCCUGAUUCGGACACUCCUCAUUAUAUGCGUGCUCAGCCUCCGCCAUCUGAUCACUCGGGAAACGCGGAGGCGUAUCGGACAACUUCAUGUAGUUCCAGUUCCUUACCUUAG